AGUUACCAUCGCUUCCCCCACCGUCUCUCAUUGCUAACGACUUACUCACGACGAAGACGAUCACUCAUUCAUGUUCAAAUCUAUUCUACCCUCAAAGAGGAUACCAUCCUCAGAUUUCACGAUGUUGACCUCCUUCGCCGAGCCUCCACCUACAGACAAGGAAAACCAGCCUGGUUCGAAUGAGGUCCAACCUGGUCUUGGGACAGCAAAGGUCGGAAAACCAGGGCUACUUUCGAAAGGAUUCCCAGAAAAGAAGAAGAGAGAUGGCAAAUCUAAAGAACAAGGAACGGAGAUGCACCAGGCGUUCGACCAACUCCUCGAUGAACUUCAGAUACCUCCAACACUCCGGCCGAAACUAGCAGGAAUGGAUUCAAAUGUCAAGGCAGCUAUGCUUAAAUCGUCUCGAGGGAUGAAUCUCACUGUCAAAAGAUCCACAAUUCCACAAUCACCACCCGGAACGCUACUCAGAAGAACACGCAGCACCGAUUCACUAGACUCCCCUCAUGCCUUAAAAGGGUUGGAGUAUGACUUGAGACCUCCAAGACCACCUUUUGCUGCGCUUGAUUCCCAGCAAUCUUCUCCUGGUUCACCGUCGAGAAAAGCUAGUGGGCACUCGCGUGGAAUAUCGUUAAGCUCUGGCUUUCUGUCACGCAGUCAAAUCAAUCUUCCCCUCUCGGGGUCUACGGUAGAUUUGACAAGUGGAGGAAAGCCCUCCAAAGACAAAAGUUCCACUCUUCCCAGAAAUCUCUCUCCUGUCAACUUCGUCAGUAUCCUCUCCGGAACCUCGAGCACCACUCUAGAAGUAGAGAGUGUUAAGAAGCUACGUCUCAUGUUGAGAAACGAAUCAGCAAGUUGGACAGAAGACUUUCUGAAUGCGGGUGGAUACACCGCGUUGUUGACGAGGCUAAAUGAAAUUCUUGAGGUUGAAUGGAGGGAGGAACAGCACGACGAUCAACUUCUGCAUGAACUCCUUCGUUGCUUCAAGGCUCUGACCACUUCUACCGUUGGGUGUGCCGCCUUGAGAAGCUCCAGCCCUACGCCAUUCGCGCAACUUGUAAUGUUACUCUAUUCAGACAAAAAACCAGGCGACGUAUCCUCUCGACAACUCAUCGUCGAACUCCUCUUAGGUCUAUUCGAUCUGUACCCUUCCUCUUCCCUUCCUUCCAUGGGUAAUGGCAGGUCUACCACACCCCGUCGCGAAAUUUGGGAGAUGACCUCGUUGUCAUUAAGCUCCAGCAAGCUGAUCACCCUACCUGCACCUCACAGAUCUAUCUUCUCAUUUAUUCGAGGAUUGUUACUCACCCCGGCCCCUCCAACCGCUGAGGCUGCUGAUUCUACUCCAUUAGAGCCUCACGAAUUCAUCGAGAACCUCCAUCGCCCUAGGAUAUACAAGGCAUACCUCCAAGAGCUCUCCGAUGUCUGUCGGGAUUACUUUUGGGUUUUCUGCCACCCUAAUAACACCAUCUGGCUUCUUGCUGAGACGGAUGAGGGCAAAGUGGAGAAACCUCGAGCACCUGGUGGGAUGACUGGAGGAGUGGAGUUCGAAGCGAUCAGUUACUUUACAGCGCACCUUAAACUUGUCAACGCCAUUGCCCAAGCUGCCGCAGAUCUCAACAUGCCCAAAGAACAUGACCUCUCGGCAUACAAACUCCAUUCCGAUCUGUUCCUGUCAGGUUUCGAGCGAAUCGUUCUGAUCUCGCGAAAGGCGUCUACAACUUACUAUCCUACUCUUCACCUUGAGCUGUCAAGAUACGUUGUCUAUGCUGGCCGAGCUGGAUUCGAGCUACCAUGGACAUUGUCAAGGUUGGUUGGGUUGCCGCCUGCUUCUUUAUGCAAGAAGACGCCUCCACCGUCUGGUCGCAACACGCCGAAUCGCGUUGCAAAAGGUAGCAGUCGGAAACAAGAAGACAGUGUGUCGAGGACUCCGCCUCGAAGGGAUAGUCGUGUGUAAAUAGGGGUGUUGAUAGAUUUGUGCUUAAGGACUUGUUAUGUACAUAUCCUCUGCUUUUUUUCAUUGUUGCUGCUCCUCACUAUGUCUGGGAUUAUUAUCGACUCUUUUUGUAUCUACGUGUGUUGAAUUUGAAAUGGCCCUUUCUUCAGGCA